ACACUUUUUAUCCUGUCAAGUGGCACUUAAGCUAAUUCUUGACUGUGAAACUGCUUUUCCCCGGCAAUGCUCUUUAAGGAAAAACUUCUUCAGUCCACCCAUUGGUGACUAAGGGAACUAUGAAGCACAGGGGAUUGGGCGGGAUCACGGCUCCUAAUAAUGCCUCCUUAUCCAAUGAAAAGCAUUUCCUAUUGAGACCCCCAAGAGUUCCCCCGGGCGGCCCUCGGCUCCAGCAAGGACUUUGGGCCUUUUCUUGUGUCCUGGUUUUUAAAGGCAUGCGAGCUACAGCCUUCAAGAGUCCUUAACAAAGGGAAAGAGAUAAAUGUAAAUAAGCUCACAUUUUCAGAAUGAGCGGUUUGCAGUAAGGAGCUGCACCAGCCGAGUCUGCUCCUUGGGGCUGGGCUAACCUUUCCCUUUUUUUUUCUUCUUGUUGUUGUUUGUUUGUUUUGUUUUGUUUUGAUUUUGUCUUUUGGUUUCUUUUUAUGGAUAAAAAUAUGCACUUCCAAAGUGCGAAUUGCCCGUUUACAUUUGAUUAGCUAAUUAUCUACAGGCAUGAGCACAUUCUCUCAUCUAGCACAAUCUUUUUUGGGCACUCAACUGAGGAAAUCUUUGGUGAUCUGCCUCCAGAAAAUUCAUUGACUAUUCAAGUCUCAGAUAAAUUUGGUGCCAGAAUUUGGUUUGAACUAAUGAAGAAUACAUUCUCUCCUGGUUCCUAAUCUCAAGAGUGGCGAACCUCUGCUGCUAGCAGGCUCCCUGGGAGAAAAAAAAAAUCCAUGGGUGACAGAAGAUUUAUUGACUUUCAAUUCCAAGAUUUAAAUUCAAGUCUUAGACCCAGGUUGGGCAAUGCAACUGACAAUAAUGCUUGCAUUGUUGAUGACUCCUUCAAGUAUAAUCUAAAUGGUGCUGUCUACAGUGUUGUGUUCAUUCUGGGUCUAAUAACCAACAGUGCCUCCUUGUUUGUCUUCUGCUUCCGCAUGAAAAUGAGAAGUGAGACUGCUAUUUUCAUCACCAACCUUGCCCUCUCUGAUUUGCUUUUUGUCUGUACCCUACCUUUCAAGAUAUUUUACAACUUUAAUCGCCACUGGCCUUUUGGUGACACCCUCUGUAAGAUCUCAGGUACUGCAUUCCUCACCAACAUCUAUGGGAGCAUGCUCUUCCUCACCUGCAUUAGUGUGGAUCGUUUCCUAGCCAUUGUUUAUCCCUUCCGAUCUCGUACCAUUAGGACCAGGAGGAAUUCUGCAAUUGUGUGUGCUGGAGUCUGGAUCCUAGUCCUCAGUGGUGGUAUUUCAGCCUCUUUGUUCUCCACCACUAAUGUCAACAAUGCCACCACCACUUGCUUUGAGGGCUUCUCCAAACGCGUCUGGAAGACGUACCUGUCCAAGAUCACCAUAUUUAUUGAAGUUGUAGGGUUCAUCAUUCCUCUGAUAUUGAAUGUUUCUUGCUCUUCCGUGGUGCUGAGAACCCUCCGCAAACCGGCAACCCUGUCUCAAAUUGGGACCAAUAAGAAAAAAGUGUUGAAGAUGAUCACAGUGCAUAUGGCAGUUUUUGUGGUAUGCUUUGUACCAUACAACUCUGUUCUCUUUUUAUAUGCCUUGGUACGCUCUCAAGCCAUUACUAAUUGCUUAUUGGAAAGGUUUGCAAAGAUCAUGUACCCAAUCACUUUGUGCCUUGCAACUCUGAAUUGUUGCUUUGAUCCUUUUAUCUAUUACUUCACGCUUGAAUCCUUUCAGAAAUCCUUCUAUAUCAAUACACAUAUAAGGAUGGAGUCCCUGUUUAAGACUGAGACACCUCUGACCCCAAAACCUUCCCUUCCAGCUAUUCAAGAGGAAGUUAGUGAUCAAACAACAAAUAAUGGUGGUGAAAUAGUGUUAGAAUCCACCUUUUAGGUACGAGAACUGUCUUUCAGGUUCAGCUACAGUGUCUCAUAUGAAUUUUUUUCUUAUGCUAUAAAUAAGACAAACAAAUUGAAGCUAAUGAUACUGAGAAUAGAUUAAUGUACCAAAUAGCCAGAUACAUUUGUUUGAACACUUAUUGUACAUAUUCUGUUUUGUUCAGUAAUUAUAGGUCAAGUCUAAUUACAACAACCAAAACAGAUCAUCAGACUCUUCUGUUGAGUUGAAUUUUCAUUACAUAAAUGGCAGGUGGUCUUGACUUUUAGUGAUGUGGGGGUUACUUUAAAACUUAAAAAAAAAAAAGCAUUCCAGUGAUUUUGGUAAUUGGGUUGGGCCUAUAAAUAUAGAACAAAUUCAGGGAUUAUUUAAAAAUGUUUAUGUUACUACUGAUGUAUGCUAGUACUUUUUUUGAAUUAUCAUUGAAUUUAUUUUACUAAAAAAAAAACUUAUUUUUGCCUAAUGUUAAUAAGACAUAUUGAGAAAGAGAAAUGUGUUUAAUUUUAAAGGAAUGGCAAAUUUUAUCUAGAUUUUGAAAACAGAAAUAAACUGUUUGAAUGAAUAUGGUGGGAAAAUUUGGAAUAUAGAUAAUAUUUACACAUAUAUAACCACAUUUAGUACCAGCUUUUAAAACAUUAUUUAAAAAAAUAAUACUAAAGUUUUCAUAUGAAAUUGUUAAUUCUGAAAUUUGCCACAUGUGUGCCUGGCAGGUGCAAAAUGAAAAAAAAAUUACAAUGUCAAUUGAAAAACUUUAACCAAUACUUCAUUAAGACUUUUACUUAUCCUUUAUGGGGGUGGUGACUGGCUUGUAGAAAAUAUUUAUUCUUCAUAUUAAGUAUUUGGGACACAGUAUAGCCACAAAGCUACAUUAUUUGUACCCAGGUCAGGAGCAAAUAGAAAAGAGAAGUGAACAAAUUAAUAGCAGGAAUAUAUCUUCUAGCUUGUAUCAGUAGUUUUUGAGAUGGGGAUUAGAUAGCUGUAACUUUGAAAAGCAUAUUUGUUUAUGUAAAAUGUUGAAGCACAUUGUAGCCAAGGUGCUGCUGAAUUUGUGCUCAGGUUGGGAGCAUAUUGAAAAAAAUGUGUACAUUAAAAGAAACAAAAAAGAAAAAAUAAUAAAAAAACCCACAAAACUAGAAAAGGGGGAAAAAAAAACAAAUAACAAAAAAUAGUUCCUAACCCUUGCAUUACUGUUUUAUUAUUUUUGAAGUUCUAUAAACUUAAAAAUACUAUGCCAUUUAAAAAACAUUUUUAGUAUAAUUCAAUUAUAAAUCUGCCAAAAUUUUGUCUAAUGAAGGAUUGAAUUAAAGAAAAAACUACAUAAUUUCUGAAACAAAUCCUUAUAAAACAAUCACUUCCAAAUUUAGCUGUCCAUUCAUGUGCAUCUAUAGCAUUUUCAAGUGCUACAAAUUUCAGAUGAUGCAUGCCUUGGAUUAAAACGCUCCUAAGAAACUGCUAAACUGGUACCAAGUUUGAGAGGCAAUGAAUAAAAACAUCAAUUUAAAAUUUACAAAUAGAGAAGAAUCUUGUUUAUAACCCACUUAAAAAACAGAAAGAAAAAGAAAUCUUUACAAUGUUAAUUUUUCUAAUGUAUGGUAGAUGUGCCUUAAAUGUGCAUCAGUGUGCUUAAAAAAAUACAUAGAAAAUGUGGCAAUUUAAAAAUGCAGUGAUUUUUCAUGUAAAUUUCCAGGAAUAAUACAUCUUGUAUAUUAGAGAACUUGUGCCAGAGAGUGGUUAAAUUAAAAACCACAAAACAAUGAUGAAAUGGUAAAAAUUCCAAAACAAUGAGCAAAUUCUUGAAAUUCUUUAACUUGUUUUUCUUUCUGGUGAUAUGUAGGCUUAAAAAUAGUAAUAAUAAUAAAAUAAAGUAAAAAUCAGUGAGAACAAUGCAGUUUUAACAACAGCUGAAUUUAGGCUUGGGUUAGGAACUAACUGAAAAAAAAGUUGCUAAAACAAUAGAACAAUAGUAAAAAUGAAUUCAUGAUUUAAACUCCUAAAAAUAACUAUGUUAUAUUGUCUUGCAAAGAAAGGUAAUAGUUGGAAUACAUAAGAGUGUAGGCUCAGUUAGACAAAUGUAGGCUAAGUUAGAUGAAGUUUAGUUGUUAGGUUAAUAUUGUAAGUUCGAAUUAGUAAACAAAAUACAAGAAACUUGUUUGUUUCCUUUAAUUUUUUUUCUCUUUUUGUAAUAUUGAGAUAUAUGUGAACUCUUUGUACUCUUAGCUGUUAAAAUUAUGGAAUUUUAGGAUUAUGGUAUCAAAUCAUUGAAUUGGAUGUUAACUGAAUUGAUAUAAGAUACAUUUUAAAAUAAUUAUCCUUUUGUUUAAUUUCCAUGUUUCAUGUUGCUUUUUCUUUCAUAUUUCACAUUGUUUUGGUUAAUUUUCGUUUUUAUAUUUAAUAUAAUUUGAUAGUAAUAAAAUUGUUGAUAUGAAUAGUAUAACCAGCAAAUUGUAAUGAAUACCUAAAUAUAAAGUUGAAUUUAUUUUACAUUUAUAAGCACAGGUAAUCCUUCAGCUGUGAUUACAACUUUCAUUUAAUUUUUAUUAAAUGCAAUAAACAUUUGGAUUAUUAAGCUAUUAUUCUUUGGUCAGUUAUGUACUUAUUCAAUUCUGUUUUUCAGGCACCUGAAGGUAUUUCCUUUAUCUUUCCCU